UCGGAAGCACUGAAACAGCUGAUGAGGUGGCGGAGAGUGCAUCAUGAUCGGAGAUUUACUUCUAUUCGGGACAUUGCUGGUGAAUGCUGGCGCUGUAUUAAAUUUCAAACUGAAGAAAAAGGAAUCCCAGGGUUUUGGAGAUGAUUUGAUGACAGAGGCCACUACAGGUGACAACAUCAGGGAAUUUUUACUCAGUUUGCGAUACUUUCGAAUUUUCAUAGCACUGUGGAACAUUUUCAUGAUGUUUUGUAUGAUUGUGUUAUUUGGAUCAUGAAUGUGUUUUACUGGAUAUCGCUGAUUGUUUGAAAAUUGAAAAUGCUGGCUCUACACACCAGAAGAUGUUUUCUCCCCCUAUUCUUUCAGAAGCAAAGCAUCAUCUAGUCCAUAUAUCUACAGAACCAGUCUUCUGUUUGUAAAUAAUGAAAACUAUAUACCAGCAAAUAUGUCAACAUGACUAAACGAACACUACACCAAUAGUUCAUUAUUUUAGGAAAAAAAUACUAUGCCAGGUUUUUAAAAGAAUGUAGUAAACAUUUUCUUAUAAUAAAAAAGCUACUUUAGUGCCCAACUAGUAGCCCAAAACUUCUGAUCAGUUCAUAAAGUAUCCUUACCAUAAGAAGGAAUUAGAUAUGAAAUAUUUCUUUCCAUGGUGAAAAUGUAUUUAAUUAUUUCUGAAAAAACAGGGUUUGGUGAAAUACAAGACAGGCCCUUUCUGUUCUGAAGGUUCUAAAUGAAAAGAGAUGCUGUUUGUUACCAUCAUUUUUAAUGAGGGUGAUCUGUGAUGGGGUGAAAAACAGACAGGCAGCAUAAUACAAGAGGUGUGUAAUUUAAAUGGGGUAUCUUUAUUUUUAUUUUUUUUUUGUUAUGAUGAAUGGUGUAAACAAGUAUAACGUCUUUCUCUUAGCCUCCUCUAGAGUUAUGGAGAAAUGCAUCUGUUCUGCCAAGAGAGAUAAAAAUAACAGACCUUUCAGAGCAAAUGGCGGGAGUGUAUUUAACUCCUAAGCAUCAUAAGGAUUGGUUCAUGGGCAAUAUACACUUUGUUCAACAUGUGGCAAAUAAAUACAGCCUUCAUAUAAAAUGUGUUCUGCCCACUUUUAAUUUAAUAACAUAUAGGGAAUAAUGUACACCCUGUUGUAAAAAAUAAAGAUAUUAUAAAUCACAGAGGAGUUUCAUGACCAUAUAGAGGCCAAAGGCCAACUGCUUUUAUACAGAACAUGAAAUUCUAGGAUGAUUUCUUAUAUCCUUAUAUUUUUACAAUAUGGGGGGUUAAUUUACAAAUUUCAGUAUUUCAUAUGACGCAAACUUUAUUACUAAGCGCCACUUUAUAAGGCUGUCAUUUUCAGAAUCUUCCUGUGCAAAUCAUGGAUUUGCUUUUACUCUCUCUUCCAAGGGGUUGAAGGGAAAGAACUUCACUGUUCCUCUAACCUCAUGUAGCCCAGCAACAUAGGGGAAAACAGUAUAAAGGAAUAAAACUCCCAGCUUUUACCUUGAUAUCUUAAAAGAUUGUAGAAGUUGUUGUCCAGCAACAUUAGAGGACCCAGGUUAAGGAGACCUAAUUACUCCCCCUGUCUCUGGUUACAUUUUAUACAAGUUUAUCAGUGAUAGAUCAUUUGAUUAAAUUCUCAUCCUUCCAAAAUCACUUAUAAAAGCUGUUUUAGUUCAACUGUUCUGCAUUACAUAGCCCCCCAAAAAUUGUUUUUUUUUAUUUUAUUUUAAAACAAAUGGCAGAUUGCAUUUUAACAUUUAAAGGACUUGUGUUAAACAUAUGUAUAUUGCCCCUUUAAUUACAAUUUACAGGCUUAUUACUGGAGCUAUAAGUUAGCAAAUGCCCAUAUCCCCACCACCAGGUAGUCCUUGCCUAUGUUUUGGCAUAAUGUGUUUACCUGUCUUUGCUCAAUAAAUGUUUUCAUA